UGGACCGGCCGGGACGCACAAGCGCAGUCGGACGGGCAAGUUGAACGCAGUGACCGGCGUCUCGGCGAGUGAAGUGUUCGUUGAUUGCGAGUGAUCCCGAGGAACGGCCUGUGCUUUCUCGCGGAUCUGAACGAGGAUAUUUCGCCGCGCACGGACAGAUUAGCUGGACACCACCUGGUACCCAGAAGGCAAGUGAGAUAGAGACAGGUGGUACACGUGAAAGUAAGCAGCAACCAUGGGAGCGAGACAGAGCAAGAGGUCUGUGGACAUAACGACGACGCCGAAGAAGGAGGGAAUACCCGCCGAAGGAGGCGUCGUCGGCGACGCGGCCGCACCUGGCGAUGGCAAACUGGAGAGGAUCGAGGAGGCCGACACGAAACCUACCACCAACGGUAUAGCACCGCAUACCGACACCACCGAGGACAAAGAGAAGGAUAAGGAUGAAGCUACCGAGAAGGACAAGGAGAAGGAGCAGCAGCCACAGCAGGAGGAGGUAAAAGAGGUAAAAGCCGAGGAGACGAAGCAAGAGUCGACCGGAGAGUCUCCUGCGGAGGUUGCGGAGGUCACGACGCCCACAGAGGCCACCCCUGCGAGUCCGGACACUGUCACUUCUCCAGACAAUAAGGAAGCCAAAAAGAAGGAUAAGAAGAAAAAGUGGUCCUUCAGGUCGAUCAGCUUCAGCAAGAAGGACAAGACUAAGCCGAACCGCGAAGAAACACCCAAGAAUGGAGACGUCACCAAGGAGGAGCCACUCGCCGAGGGUGGUGAAGAAGCAGAGAACGCAACGGCCGCCUCGAGCAGUCCACUGGAGGAGAAGUCAGAGGCAAGCAGUCCAUCGGCGGACGAGCAGGUAGCCGCGCCAGUGGCAGCAUCCGCAGCCGAGACGAAGGAAGAGACCGCCGCGGCGUCGCCGGCAGCCGCUAGUCCGGUCGAGGAAAAGAAAGAGGAACCCACUCCCUCCGCCCCCACUCCCGUCCCGUCUGUCGAGGAUAAGAAAGAGGAGGCGGUCGAAAAAGUCGAGGCCGAGAAAAAAGUAGUCGAGGUCAGUCAGUCAACCGGCGGUCAGUCGGUAACGGACCCGGUAGAGGUCCCCGUCUACCGAGUCCAACCAGUCGCGACGCCGUCUAUCAUUGAGAGGAAAACCAGUGAGGAGCUCCCGUCCCUGCCCCCGUCCAGUCCACCGCCGACCCCCAUAGACCCGUCGCCCUUGCAGCAGGCUCGGCAGGCCGCGGCGAGCGCGACUGCCCUAGCGGAAGCGCUCAAGCUGCCCGCCGAGGCUGUCGACGAGGAGGAAUCGACGUUGACACGGGUGGUCGACGCGACGUCCCCGUCGUCUCGCGAGGAGAACCUCGCCGAGUCCAUCGCCAUCACUACCCCCGCUAUCGCGUCCCUGACAUCACCCGGUCCCUCCGCUGACUCGCCCCCGACUAUUGUCCCCGCGAAAGUAGAGUGCCCGCCGGUGGUAGAGGCCAGGAUCGAGUUUCAAGAUGCGAAGAAGGUGGGGGAGAUAUUAGCGAGUAGCCGUGACAAUGAGGAGGAGGCUGGGAAGGUAGAGAGCGUGUCGGAGAGCCUCGUCGCGAUGGAAGAGGUAUCUGAGUGCCGGGAAGAAGGUGACGCAAAUAGGGUGGAAGAAGCGCCACUAGCGAUGGAGCGCGAUGAGACAAUCGAUAAUAAAAAUACGCAGAGCGAGAACGAGACGACAGUUCCCGUCGUCGCUGCGACGGAUGAACUUAUGAAUCAGACUUUACCGGUCGUAGAGUGUCAAAUAAAGAACGAGAUAAAUACUCGUGCAGACCCUAUGAAGACAAAUGUAUCGUCUAACAGCGGAUUUAAUGAAAAUCUCGAGGCUGAAGCGUCGACUGAGAUUGAAACAAACGACGCUUGCUCGGCGGCAAAGCAACAUUUAUCGUCAGAAAACUUUAAAACUGAAAAAAUGGCUGCUGUUCUGGACGAAACAACACGGCACGUAGAAAGAUUAUCGGACUCGGAUCUUCUCACGGUUGAAAAAUGCGUGAACGUUGAGACGGAAGAAUCGUCAGAAAAUCUUUCUUCGGUAAAGCUUGUUGGAAGCUCUUCGAGGGAGUUGGAGCGAUCAGAAGCGAAAGCUGCGGAACAGUUGUGCGGAAAGCUGAUCGAAAUUGAACAUGAUUACGCGCAGGAUGCGUUGAUGGAGAGCAAAGAUGAGAGAGUUGCAACAGUAACUUCACCAUGUGAACUGUUCAUGAAUUCCGAAGAAGGACCAUUGUCGGUUUCGGAGGAUAUACUAGUGGAAGCCAUACCAGCGAUGAUCAUCCCGGAAGAUGACAGCAUCGAGGAGCUCACCGAUACCACCGAAUCCGUCAAGGUGAUUCCCGAAACCGACGAGGAAAGGCUCGAAAACGAACCUGAAUCGGACACCGCGUUGCCUACAGAAGAAACUCUAAUCUCCGAAGAAUUAGAGGACAUGUCCGUGCCGGAAGAAUCAUUAAACGAAUUUGCCAGCGUGCCUGGCAUCAUGAAAGACGAAGCGAAAACAGUCGACGUCGAAGAUACGCUGCGAUUUCCGCCGCCCGAGGAUUUAGUCGAGUUCUUGCAAAUACCUGAGUUUCAAGGCACAGUGAGCGCGCUGGAACCUAUCGAAGAGAAAUCAAUCGUAGUAUCGAUCACCGAGACGGAAACAGCGAUGACAUCCCUCGCGCAAGCCGAGAUCGAAAGGUGUUUCCUUUCACCAAAGGAUCGCGUGACACCGUCAGAUUCCUGUCCGUUGGACUCAGAGGCGACGCAACGUUCACGGCUUUCAGACGCUCCGACGUGUACGCUCUCGCCCGGAUUCGAAAACGUGCCUAUCUCAUUAGAGGAUCUUCCACCGGCUCCCGAAGACACGGACUCGCAGACUUUAGACUCCUUCGAUUAUCCUUUACCACCGGAAGAGCUCUCUUGCCCGUCACCACCGGUUGUCCCCGCGAACGCGUCCAUAAUCGAACCACCGCCACCAUCACCACCAGCUUCCGUCGAGCACGCGGCUUGCCCGAGAGACCCGACAGAGACGCUCCUCACGCCACCCGUAAGUCCCAGCUCCCACAACUCCAAUGUCAAUACCGCAUCCGGCAUCGCGACGAAUGAUUUGACGAUGACGAAUUCGUGCGAUCAAUCGGACGUUGAAUCGAAGGAGAGCCUGGCGGCCGAGUGCCCAGCGAAGACCGAAAGCCAGGACGGAGCCUUGUGUCAAUUGUCGAACACCAUCCCGUUGACUGCUGCCCAGGAGCAUCACCAGAACGCUCCGGAGGUCGAGGCGCCGGUAGAAAACAACAUCGCCCACGACAUCAGCACGACGGAAAGCUUGGACGAGGCUCCGAAAGUUGCACCGCCGGCUGUCCCGACCGAGGCACCCGCCUCCCCGCCAACCGCGCCGGCUAUCACCGAGGACGUCGCGUCGGUCACCAAGGCCAUUGAGGAGAUUGACAUCAGUGAUAAGGCAGUCGCGGCGGCAGUGAACGAAGCCAUCGAAUGCAACACAAAUGAAAUCAUCGCCGAUGCGCACCACCAAAACAACAUAAACGAAUAAGCGCCACUAAUUGAAUUGUAUUUUGGAAAGAAGAAAGUUCUUUUCUCUCGUUAAAACCAAAAAACUAUAUUAUAUAGAUAUGUAUAUUUGGACCAUUCCUGCAACUAAACAGAAAAUAACGUUCUUUCGUUACGAGCAGCAAAAGGGGAAAACGGGGCGAUGACGACGACGACGAUGACGAUGACGAUGUUACCGCGGCAUCUCUCGAGAGCAUAUAGACUCUAUAGUAGGCCUAUUAAUUAUUAGACGGCGCGUUUCACGGCAGGGUGAAUGGGCGAUUACACGCGGGGGAGAGUCUACGAUCGUCAAUUUCAGAAUUGCCACGAGAGUCCUUAAUAUCGCGUUUGAUUCCGCAGGUGCGUUUACACGCUAAAUGUGUUUGUCGUCCGUGCACGGUAUUAGCCACAGAUAAACAGUACUAAGUCUUAUCCGUCGUGACGUGCGGGGGAGGACAAAGGAAAUGCCGAUCAUCUUCGAGUUCAUGUCCGGCCGUGGAUCGCAAUCCGCCGCGAUCGGCCCUGCCGUGUAGAAAUUUUUAAAGUGUCAUUAAUUGUUACUCAAGUAAGUCUCUAAUGCUCGAGCAUACACACAUGCACCGCGCGACGGGCUAAGCGAUAUAUAAUUAAGAUCGUCGAGACGAUAGAGCGUGAAUCGUUCGUCGCGCAUUCCAGAGGAAAUACUCAAUGGAUGGCGCCCUCCCGUAAUUACAUAACUAUUGUACUCUAUUAGAACGAAAGUGUGUGAACGAGAAAGAGAGAGCGAGAGAGAGAGAGAGAGAGAGAGUGUGUGUGUGAAAAAGAGAGAAGUAAAGAGUGAAAAUAUAGAGGAAGAAAUCGAGAGGGUAGGCUGUGCGUGAUUUAGCGAUUGACGGUGUGAAAGGGACAAGGGAAUGAUAGCGCGCAGAUGCACAGGGAUGCAUCCUCGCCACGGUGAGAAGACGGGGAGGAGACGGAGGUAGGAGGGAGGCGAGGGAGCAAAAGCAGAAGAGAAGCCGAGAGAUAAGGGAAAAAAAAGAUUAUCUGAGCGACACGCGACAAUGUUCGUACGAGUAAGAAAGCGCAUCGACGACUUCGAGGGCACCCGAUAUAUUGUUUCGCUCGUAUUUCCUUCGCGGUCCUUGGUUUUCCUUUUUCCGUUUACAUCUGUACGCGAUUCGGACACGUUUUUACGUUGUAACGAGGAACUGCAUAUUUUUUAACAUGAAGUUGAUACAACGCGAGCGCGCGCCCACUGGCGCACGCGCGAUAUGCACACACACACACACACACAUACACAUACGAGGAUACACACGACGUAAUAUACACACGAGUACACGCAAAAGAGGACAUUACACCGCGUAUACGUAUAUACGUACCAUGGAACAUACGAGAUAAAGUAUAUACAGUAAGUCGAAACGAGAUGUAAGUGAUAUAUUAAUCUAGACUAUAGAGAAUGCGUUUGUGUAAAUUCGGCGUUUGUUCGAACAUGCUAAUUCUCCAUGCGCGAGAGAGAACAACACACUUAUACGACGACGAAAGCCAAUCGUAAUUUUUAUGAUAAUCAUUAAAGAGUAUCGCAACUAAUUACAAACUUACGAGACAUGCACAAGACUCUUUACCACCCGGAAUGGUACCUUUUUCAAGUUUUUCAUACGAUGUUUCUACGUUUCUACGUUUAUACGGAUCUCCAGAAGUUAAAGAAAGAAAAGGAGUAAUUAUCGUCUAUCGAGGAAGCUUUUUUUAUUAAGACCGUAGCGUAGAUCAUAAAGUUACAAACGAGAAGCGCAUUACUACACACCUUCACGUGUGGCACGCUCCGGUAUCCCCGGAAAUAUCCCCGAGUGUCAGGACGCUAAGAGGGGGCGGAGGGCGGGAAAGGGACAAAGAGAAACAGAGGAGCAGCGAGCGUUCACCCGUGUCCGUGACUGGCAUUGAUUUCUAAAGCGGUUACACGCAUAUUAACGCGCAAGAGAGCGGGGAGAGGAAGUAAAAUUAAAAAAAAAAUAAAAUAAAUUGUAUAGUAAAACCGACACAUUAAUAAGUAUAUCUGUCCGCAAUGAUCUUUACAACGAAAUAAAAUGGGAACUCAUCGCUUAGCAGCGAUGACAGACACGUUUUGGCGACGAGAGCGAACUUUUUAUCGAAAUUCUUCGCGUGCGAUGAACCGAGACUGAAUAUAUCUGUGCACACCCGACAUCCUCCAGCGAACGUUAUCACUCUGAGGCGCCGUCGAGGCAAACCCAGCUCGUUUAUUUAUUUUGCGUCGAAACUACAAAAUUAUAAAUGAGACCUUUGGAUCGAAGCCGCCUCAGAACGCGAAAGUACAGUCUCCAGUAUAUCUUCGAACAGCAGUUAUAAUAGUAACUAAACUAUUCUACAUUUAUCUAUAACCUAUAAUAAACUGUGAAACAAAGU